AUUUUGGUUUUAGCUCAGCGAUUAACUAACUUCUACGUGGGACUUCCGGUAUGGAUUGGAUAAAUGGCGGCUUUUAUUUUGGAGAUUAACUAGCUUCCGCUUGAGACUUCUGGUAUGGAUUGGAUAUAUGGCGCCGCCUUUGUCGGCCAGCUUGACUGCAGAUGGGUACUCUUGUGGUGCACUGCAGGCUACAGAGUAGACAAAGAGGAAGACAGACCAGAAGAUGGCCCGACCUACACAUCACUGAGUGACAAUUAGGUCGACAGUGAUCCUGAGGAAGAAAUUGAAAUGCUGUCAUCUCCUCGUCCCGUCAGUCCAGUCAGUGGUUGACCGGAGUGUGAGUGACGAGGAAGAAGGAGUCGAGAGUUAAUGGCGUUGAGCAGCAAACAGUGGACUGUGUGUGUCGUCAGUGUUGUGUUUUAUAACGGACUGUGAACUGUUGUUGGACUACGUGCUGUGAGUGUGUGAGUUGGACUCUCCAUCGCAGUCGAAGUGUUUGUGUUUUAUUGGACACGAAGCAAGCUCGGCUAUGUUAGCUAGCAGGAGCUGGGCUAGCGGCACGGCCAUUGUCGAGAGGAGGCCUGCACUGACGGGAGGAGCUUUGCCGGGUCGCCACUGAGAGUGUCACUGACGGAGGGCGCUUCUCUGCCGCAGUGGGACACGGAGGACUGCAGAGAAGACAGCCAGAAGAUAAAGCAAAACCUUCACGGAGUUGUGGCGAGGAAGAAGAUAUUCAAAUCAUAAGUAUGGGCUCCAGCCAAAGCAGUGACAAGCUCCACUGUAACCGCUAUCUGAAUGGACAGGGUCCUCCAUCACUGGUAGAACAAGCUAAUGAAGGGUUGAAUGGGAUGUACAGCACACAUACUGGCUGCCAGCCACAGGGCCAGGUGACCUCGGUGAUCCUUCAUAGAGACCUGCCAGGAUUCCCUGAUGACAACACCCUACAGCUCAGCUACAUAUUCCCAGAUGGAAUACAAACAGAGAAACACCCUCACCCUGGUCAGCCGUAUGCAGGUCUGCGGCUCUGUGCUUACCUGCCUGACAACCGUGAGGGCAGGAAGGUUUGCAAGCUGCUGGACAAGGCCUUCGAGAAGCAGCUCCUAUUUACUGUUGCUACCAAUGACAAUGGAGAGGAUGUGGUUACUACAGCUUCCAUCCCACUAAAAACACAACCAGAUGGAGGCAGCAGAGUUGAUGGAUACCCGGACUCUGACUACCUGAAGACUGUGAGAAUGCUACUGAAGAAUAAGGGCAUUGAAUAACAGACUACUAACAAGUUUUUCUACAAACAUGUGCCAGAAUUAAGUAGACUAUAUCUUUUAGGAAACAUUAUCUGAUGUUGUUAUUGACAAUAUGUAAGCUUGAAUGUAAUCUUCAGUCCUUGCUUGUAAUUUAUUAUAACAUGUAUUGUUGCAAAUGUAGGUAUUGGCUUAUGUGUAGUGGUAUGGCCCUGUGUUAAGUGGUUAUUUCAUUAAUAUAAAUACUCAUUUUUAAAGAUA